AAUAAGUAAACAUUUCGCCGGUAAACAGCGCCGCUGGUGGAGAACACCACCAGUGAACUACGCAGCAUCAGUAAUCAAUAUUGAGCUCAACCAAUCAGGAGCGAGCAAAUUUUUGCCGGGAAAUCUAGCUUUAACGCCCGGUCUUAUAACUCUCCACCUGUAAAGGGAGUAGAGGAUCGGAUUAAUUUGGCAAAAUUCCGGACGAGAUGAGUGCAGGUGACUCUCCAAUUGUGACAAAAACUCUCAACAACAGCGGCGACUUCAAAACGCCAACCAGGAAAAUCGCUUCUGACAAGCUAAACCAGAGUUUAGUGGAACGCACUCCAAUCCCAAUCCCACCGUCGCCGUUACUGGAGAAACUAGGAUUUGGCACAGGAGUGACUGUGUUUAAGUUGAACAGAAAGCCACAAGGGUCAGGAGUUGCAGCUUCGCCAUGGGCAGUGAAGCGCGUGGCGAGUACAUCCAAGACUAAUCAGGUUCUGACAGAAAGGCUGGAGCGAGAGGCACAGAUCCUUCAAAAACUCGACCACCCGAACAUCAUCGGCUUUAGAAAAAUGCAAAAGCAGAAGGACGGACGCCUGUGCCUGGCCAUGGAAGAAGGAGGGGUCUGCUUGAUGGACUUGAUCGAGGACCAAAAGGACGAGUUUGAUAAGCCAUUUACCGCUGACAUCAUCAUGAAGGUUGCCCUCGACAUUGCCAAGGCUUUGAGCUACCUGCACGAGGACCAAAAGCUGGUCCACGGUGACAUCAAGAGUCAGAAUAUUUUGAUCAAAGACGACUUCAAGAUAGCCAAGCUGUGCGACUUUGGAACCAGUCUGCCAAUUGGUCCUGAUGGCGUGGUCCAAGGAGAUUAUCAUUGCUCCGAACCGUGGUCUGCACCAGAGGUCGUCGACUUCUACGGCGAAGGGGAAGACGAAGAAAAUUCUCCCAUCAAAGGACAGACGAAAUGCGUCAUCACAGAAAAAGCAGACGUUUUCUCUUUUGGCCUGGUUAUUUACGAGAUGCUUGCCUUAUUCAUCCCCCAUAUGGACACUGACGACACUGCUAAAAGCUUUGAUGAAGACGCAUUUUAUGGAAAAAUAGGAUCCCGACCAGACCUUCCAGACAUUCAAUACGACGCGAGUUUCAACGACAUCUUAGGCAUAUUUUACUCAUGUACCGAGCACAUUCCUGAAAAACGCCCUUCCGCCAAACGCUUGGUGCAAAUCCUUAGUGGUGAUGCUUAAAACAAAAUUACUCUCUAUUCUUUGAUACUAUAUAAAUUAUUAUUUGUUCUAUAAAAAUUAAAUUAUUUAACUAACCAAGCUAAUGUGGUAUGCUAAUUAGUGCUAAUAUGGGCUCAAAUUUAUUCAACUGUGGAGAUGUGGCCUUGCAUCUGAAAAUUGUUUUUUUCUUACUCAAUUUCAUGCUAUAAUAGAAACAGAUUAUUUGUUCAUUACCUAGGGCGCUUUUCAUAGCCGACUAGCGAAUAUAUAUUUUUGGUGACUGUUUUAUGAUUUUUGGUACAAGGAUUGAUUAUUAUAGCUGUAAUAGACAACACGAGGCAAGCUGCGUCUUGCUCGAAAGCUUUCCAGGAUCUUCAUUCAGUAAUAUUUUGUCAAACAGUCGUUACGAUUGCACCAUUGCAUGGUAUUACUUAAAAUUGUAAGUGUGCGAAUAUUUAAAUAACCCAUAUUAUACACUACAAGCAACUUUAAUAUUAAGUAGGCGUUUGUAAGGAAAUAAAAAUAAAGCUUAAUUAUUUUAUCUUA